AUGAGUUGGGCUAGAUCUUUAACACCAUUUCAGUUUAAUGCCAGAGUACAAAGUACUCAAAGUGUUGAAUCAUUUAAUACUAUUAUAAAAAAAGCUUUAAAUAGUGCGAGUAUACUUUGUGAUGUUGAACAAACAAUUAAUAAAAGACAUGAUGAUGAAUCUCA